UCAAAACACUAGGGUUUUUCGACUGCCACGCGACAACCUCCCGCUUCUUCGACCUAUUCGAAAAGGGAAAGAAUCCCUUAUAAAAUCUCUGCCCCCGACCCCAAACGCAGUCCGUUACUCUCCUUGGAGCCCGUGAGCGGAGCCGAGAGGAGCGAAACCCUAAAUCGCCUCCUCCUUCGAGUCGCCGCUGGAGGUGGACGAGGAGGAAGCGCGUCGCUUAGAAGAUUCCCAGUCAGUGUUUUCUAAAAUGGCAAUGGAGAUUACCCAGAUUCUGUUAUCUGCCCAAUCUCCUGAUGGGCAGAUACGAACUGUAGCAGAGGAGAACCUCAAGCAGUUUCAAGAACAGAAUCUUCCUCAGUUCCUCCUUUCAUUAUCAUUUGAGCUAUCAAAUGACCAAAAGCCUCCUGAAUCUCGAAGGCUUGCUGGCAUUAUCCUUAAGAAUUCCUUGGAUGCAAAGGAUUCAGUUAGAAAAGAAGAACUCACUCAGCGAUGGGUCAGUGUGGACCCUUCUAUCAAAGUCCAAAUCAAGGAAUCUUUAUUAAGGACUCUUGGAUCAUCUGUAUUGGAAGCACGGCACACCUCAUCGCAAGUGAUUGCCAAGGUUGCUUCUAUCGAGAUCCCCCGACGGGAAUGGCAGGAGCUUAUUGGCCAUUUAUUAAACAACAUGACCCUGCAGCAGGCUCCCGCUCCUUUGAAACAAGCAACCUUGGAGGCACUGGGAUAUGUCUGUGAGGAGGUGUCUCCUCAGGACUUGGAGCAGGAUCAAGUGAAUGCCGUUCUAACUGCAGUGGUUCAGGGCAUGAAUCAGACAGAGCAUAGCUCUGAAGUCCGUCUUGCUGCUGUGAGAGCACUGUACAAUGCUCUUGAUUUUGCUCAGACUAACUUUGAUAAUGAGAUGGAGAGGAAUUUCAUCAUGAAAGUUGUGUGUGAGACUGCUGUAUCCAAAGAGCUGGAGAUUAGACAGGCAGCAUUUGAGUGCCUUGUUUCUAUAGCUUCUAUGUAUUAUGAAAUUCUUGAUCCAUACAUGCAGGCAUUGUUCACUUUGACUGCAAAUGCUGUGAGGGAAGAUGAGGAGCCUGUUGCUCUGCAAGCUGUUGAAUUUUGGAGCUCUAUCUGUGAUGAAGAGAUUGGGCUACAAGAAGAGUAUGGCGGAGCUGAUGAAGGGGGUUCUUCUGUCCAUUCUCAUUUUAUUGAAAAGGCUCUUCCUUUGCUGGUGCCAAUGCUGUUGGAAACACUGCUUAAGCAAGAGGAGGAUCAGGACCAAGAUGAUGGUAUUUGGAAUCUGUCCAUGGCUGGUGGGACAUGCCUUGGACUUGUUGCGAGGACUGUUGGGGAUGCAGUUGUGCCCCUUGUGAUGCCUUUUGUCCAGAGUAACAUAUCAAAGAGUGAUUGGCGCAGCCGUGAGGCAGCCACUUUUGCAUUUGGGUCUAUUCUUGAAGGUCCAUCACUUGAAAAGCUUGCGCCACUGGUUCAUGCUGGACUGGAUUUCUUGCUCAAUGCAAUGAAAGACCAAGUAAGUCAUGUCAAGGACACAACAGCCUGGACCCUUGGAAGGAUUUUUGAGAUACUGCAUUCUACAAGUAGUGCUUAUCCAAUAAUAACUCCUGCAAACCUUCCUCGUAUCAUUGCCGUGUUGUUAGAAAGUAUCAGAGAUGCCCCCAAUGUGGCUGACAAGGUCUGUGGAGCCAUUUAUUUUCUUGCCCAGGGUUAUGAGGAUUCAGGAGCAAAUUCAUCAGUGCUCACUCCUUUUCUUGGCGACAUUAUUUCAGCUCUUCUUUCUACAGCUGAUCGUACAGAUACUGACAAUUCCAGGCUUCGAUCUUCUGCAUAUGAGACAUUGAAUGAGCUAGUUAGAGCCAGUAAUAUGUCAGAAACUUCAAACAUCCUAACCCAUCUACUUCAUGAAAUCAUGAGCAGAUUAAGCCGGACUCUGGAGCUCCAAAUAGUGUCCUCAGAUGACAGGGAAAGACAAAGUGAUCUGCAGGCCCUGCUGUGUGGUGUUAUUCAAGUGAUAGUUCAGAAACUGAGUAGCUUGGAUGAGACAAAACCCAUAAUUCUUCAGUCUGCUGAUCAGAUGAUGUUCUUAUUUCUUCAAAUCUUUGUUUCCCACAGUUACACCGUGCAUGAGGAAGCAAUGCUUGCUAUUGGGGCCCUUGCUUAUGCUACCGGACCAGAAUUUGCCAAGUACAUGCCAGAGUUCUAUAAGUAUCUAGAGAUGGGCUUGCAAAAUUUUGAGGAUUAUCAAGUCUGCUCUAUCUCAGUUGGUGUGGUUGGUGACAUCUGCCGUGCCUUGGAUGAAAAGGUUCUUCCCUUUUGUGAUGGUAUCAUGAGUCAACUUCUGAAGGACCUCUCUAAUUCCAUGCUCCAUCGGUCUGUCAAACCUCCUAUAUUUUCAUGCUUUGGUGAUAUUGCCCUUGCAAUCAGUGAGCAUUUUGAAAAAUAUGUUCCCUAUGCACUGCCAAUGCUGCAAGGAGCUGCAGAGCUCUGUGCACAUCUGGAUGCUAGUGAUGAGGAUAUGAUGGAUUAUGGAAACCAGCUUAGACGAGGCAUUUUUGAGGCUUACUCUGGUAUACUUCAGGGAUUCAAAAAUUCCAAAGCUGAGCUGAUGAUACCUUAUGCAAGCCAUCUGUUGCAGUUUACUGAAGCAGUCUUCAGGGAUAAGAACAGGGACGAUGGCGUCACUAAAGCUGCAGUUGCUGCAAUGGGUGAUCUUGCUGACACGCUGGGUCCAAACACGAAGGUCUUGUUCAAAGGCUGCACGUUCCAUAUUGAUUUCUUAGGGGAGUGUCUUCAGUCUGAUGAUGACCAAUUGAAGGAGACUGCGGCUUGGACUCAAGGGAUGAUUGGACGAGUACUGGUUUCCUGAAGUGGAGUCUGUUUUGCAGUAGUAUGCUAGUCCAUUUCCUGGUUAUACUUAAUACCAUAGUAUUUUAGAAUUCAAAAGAAGUCUCAAGCUCUUUAGCAGUGUAUACUAGUUCUGUUUUAAUAGCUGUUUCACUUUUUUGGGACCUUAGAGUAGCAGUGUUUUGCCACUUUAAGGGUUAAUAGUGAUGGAUGUGGUUCUUGAAUGUUGUUGCCCAUUGCAUCCACUACUUCGUGGUGCUUGGUCAUUUGGAAUGUUGUGGAUAUCACUUAGAAUAAAUUUUGAUUUUGUUCUUCCA